AUGAACACCAUAACAGCCACCCGACACAAAACCCUCGCACCUGCCACGACUCCAGCCAACAACAAGCUUCCCAGCCCAUUUGUCGUCUGCAUAAUAGGGGCUAGCUCUGGCAUAGGCGAGCAUAUCGCCUACUCCUUUGCACAAGCAGGGGCAUCCGGUAUCAUUCUAGCCUCCCGCAAAACCUCCGAACUUACACGCGUCGCUGAAAAAGCCCGUCUUCUCUCCCCAACAACACGCGUUGAGAUAUUUUCUUGUGAUAUCGCAUCGUCUAGCAAUAUUUCUGAUCUUGCAAAAUACACCAAGGAGAUGUUUGGCCGCCUCGAUGUCUGUAUUCCCAAUUCCGGAUAUGCAGGUCCCGUGACUCUGCGUGUUACAGAAGGAGAUCCAGCAUGGUUCCAGGGAAACUUCGACAUUAAUAUGAUUGGGACAUAUAAUUGCGCACAUUAUUUCAUACCAUUGCUGUUGGAGACUGAGAAUGGAGCAAAGGGCUUCAUACAAAUUGGAUCACUGGCUGCGAAUUUAACGGAUGGACCAAUUGCUAAUACGGGGUAUUGCGUGAGUAAAUUUGCACAAAGUAGAUUUGUGGAGAUGGUAGGUUCGCAAUUUGGGGAGGAGGGUUUGGUCGCUGUUACAGUGCAUCCUGGGGCGGUUGCAACACCGAUGGCUGCUGGAAAUACACCAGAGGUCUUCCUACCUUUUGAUAGUGUGGAUCUUUGCGGUGGAUUCUGUGUAUGGUUGAGUAAGGACAUUAAAAAUUUGAAGUGGCUCAAUGGGAGGUUUCUAGAUGCUAGGUGGGAUGUUGAUGAGCUACUUGGCAGGAAGGAAGAUUUUGUUGAAAAAGAUUUGCUUAAAUGGACGUUGAGGACUUCAUGA